AGACAGUGAAGCAGCUCGGCGGCGGUGUCAGUGCUGCUGGACUCGGACGGUGGAGAGAUGUCAGUUCGCUUUCUCCUGGUUUUGGCCUUGGCCUCCGGGGCCUGGGCUCAGACGCUUGAGGACAGAGCCAAGGACUUCCUGCUGAAAUUUGAUGAGGACGCGUCUCGCCUCAUGUACCAGUACUCCCUGGCAUCCUGGGCCUACAACACCAACAUCACAACAGAGAACUCGAACAAACUGGCAGAACAGGGAGCAAUCUGGAGUGAAUACUACAGUAGAGUGUCUGAAGAAUCCAAUGAAUUCCCCAUCGAUCAAAUGUCUGAUGAACUGGUUAUUCUCCAGCUGAAGUCUCUUCAAGACAAGGGGUCAGGAGCGCUGUCACCUGACAAGGCCAGUCAACUAUCCAAAGUAUUGAACGAGAUGAGCACUAUUUACAGCACAGGAACAGUGUGUAAAAUUGAUAACCCCUUUGACUGUCAGACUUUGGAACCAGGUUUGGAAGAAAUCAUGGCGAACAGCAGGGACUACUAUGAGCGGCUGCAUGUGUGGGAGGGCUGGAGGGUUCAAGUGGGGAAGAAGAUGAGGAAGCUGUAUGAAGAGUACGCAGACCUGAAGAACGAAGCAGCCAAACUCAACAAUUAUAAAGACUAUGGAGAUUACUGGAGAGCCAAUUAUGAAACAGAAGAUGAGCCCAAAUACAGCUACUCUCGAGACGAACUGAUGAGAGAUGUGAGAAGCAUAUACAGUGAGAUCAUGCCUCUGUACAAAGAGCUUCAUGCUUACGUAAGAGCCAAACUGCAGAAUACCUAUCCUGGUCAUAUUGCUUCUAAUGGAGGCCUUCCAGCUCAUUUACUUGGUGAUAUGUGGGGAAGGUUCUGGACCAACCUUUACCCACUAGCUGUUCCUUAUCCUGACAAGCCUGAUAUCGACGUGAGCCCUGCAAUGGUAGCACAGGGUUGGGAUGAAGAACGGUUGUUCAAAGAAGCAGAGAAGUUCUUUGUGUCUGUGAACAUGUCGGCCAUGUUUCCGAACUUCUGGACAAACUCAAUGCUGACGAAACCUACUGACGGUACAAAAGUGGUGUGCCACCCAACAGCCUGGGAUAUGGGCAACCGAGAAGACUUUAGAAUCAAGAUGUGCACCAAAGUAAACAUGGACGAUUUCCUGACUGCCCACCACGAGAUGGGGCAUAACCAGUACCAGAUGGCCUACCGUCACCUGCCCUACCUGCUCAGGGACGGAGCCAAUGAAGGCUUCCACGAGGCAGUGGGGGAGAUUAUGUCCCUGUCGGCUGCCACCCCAUCUCACCUGCAGUCUCUUGGCCUUCUGCCUGCUGACUUCACAGAGGACAUGGAGACAGAUAUUAAUUUCCUGUUGAAGCAGGCUCUGACUAUUGUGGCAACUCUACCAUUUACCUACAUGCUGGAGGAGUGGAGAUGGCAGGUAUUCCAGGGAACCAUCCCUAAAGAUCAAUGGAUGCUGCGCUGGUGGGAAAUGAAGAGGGAACUGGUUGGAGUGACGGAGCCUUUGCCCAGAGAUGAAUCCUAUUGUGACCCACCUGCUCUUUUCCACGUGUCUGGAGAUUAUUCCUUUAUAAGAUACUUUACCAGGACAGUAUACCAGUUCCAGUUACAGGAUGCUCUCUGUAAGGAAGCUGGUCACACUGGGCCUCUUUACAAAUGUGACAUCACAAACUCCACUGAUGCGGGCAACAAACUCAGGGACAUGCUUGAGCUGGGUCGCUCAAAGUCUUGGACCCGUGCUUUGGAGCAGGUUUGUGGGGACACCAGGAUGGAUGCCAGGCCUCUGCUGAGCUACUUCAGUACUCUGUAUGAAUGGCUUAAGGAGGAAAAUCAGAAGAACAACAGGGCAAUUGGGUGGAGUCUGAGUGAUGAUCCAUACUCCAAUGAUGCCUUUAAAGUGAGACUUAGUCUGAAGACUGCCAUGGGAGACAAUGCAUACGCUUGGAAUAGCAAUGAAAUGUAUCUGUUUAGAGCCUCCAUGGCCUACGCUAUGCGACAGUACUAUUUAGAGGAAAAGAAUCAGGAAGUCCUUUUCAUGUCAGAGAACAUCCACACAUAUAAACUGACCCCGAGGGUUUCCUUUUACUUUGUGGUGACUGAUCCUGCCAACCCGAGCACUAUCAUUCCUAAAGCAGAAGUGGAGGCAGCAAUACGGCUGUCCAGAGAACGCAUUAAUAGUGUUUUCCACCUGAACGACGACACGCUGGAGUUCGAGGGACUGGUGGCCACCUUGGCUCCACCUCCAGAGCAACCCGUGACCAUUUGGCUGGUGGUGUUUGGAGUGGUGAUGGCCGUGGUUGUUUGUGCGGGGGUUUACCUAGUUGUCAUGGGUGCGAUUACCAGAAAGAGGAAAGCCAAGAAACUGGAGGAACCUGAAAACCCAUAUGAUGAACCAUCUGAAGGAAUAGCAAACAAAGCUUUUGAGAGUGAGAGUGAACAAACAGGAUUUUAAUCUGCUGGUCAAUAACUAAAAAAAUGUACAAAAAAAAUACGAAAGCAAAUCAACAUCAAUGAACAAAAGGAUUUUAUUAAUGUGAACAGACUUUAUUUCGUUUGAAAAGCUUUUGAAGAAAUACUUUAUAUUUAAUUGUAUGUAUUAUGUUUUGUAAAAAUCUGCAGAAAGUAUGAAGUUGACAGUUUGUGGAGAAAAGUGUACAUAUAAUAUUUUUUCAGCAUUACAGAUAUUCAUAUAAAGCAAAUGUUGAUAUAUUUAAGCAGUAUCAAAACAACAUAUAAACAUUUCAAUAAAAAACAAUUAAUUAAGUACAAA